GAUACAGGCCACACAAGGUUAUUUGAAUGCUACGACCACGAAGACAGGUCAGAGAAAUCAAGCAAGCUUCUUGAGCUGUAUGGCUCACCAUCUUCUUCAAUAUAUCGCUACAUUACGACAAUCUACCGUUUCGCAAGUGUGCACCACAAAGGAGCAAUGGGUCUAAUAAAAACGACAGUUAUCGGGAGUAUGACCAAGCCUGCAUAUUUAAAAGUUCCUUGUUGGGUGAUGGAUGGAAAAUUCAACCCGGAUUAUUUUGAAGUUUAUCGCAGUGCAUUCACAGAGGAAUAUAGUUCAGAUGUGGAAGAUCAGCUGAAAAGAGCCACGAAAGAAAUCGUUGAUCUACAACAGCGGUGUGGAUUAGAUGUUAUAACCGAUGGUGAACUUAGGAGAGUACAAUAUGUUUACAAUUUUUGUCGAAGAUUUGAAGGUUUUGAUUUUCAUAACACCAAGGAAAAGGUUUGCCGAAACGGCUCUUGGAAAGGACAUCUUCCAGUGAUCGUGUCGAAAAUUUUGCACAAAGAUGGCCGUGGUUUCCUUGCAGGAGAAUGGAAAUGGGCUCAAGAAAUGAGCGAAAAGCCAAUUAAAGUUACAGUUCCAGGUCCAAUGACGAUUAUUGACACAUUUUAUGAUGAUUUUUACAAUGACGACGAAAGCCUUAUGAAAGAUUUGGCGGACUGCAUUAACAUUGAGUUGAAGUUGCUUGCCGAGGCAGGCUGCAGGGAGAUACAGGUCGAUGAGCCUGUUUUAACAAGAUAUCCAGACAGAGCAAUAAAGUAUGGUGUCAAACAUUUGUCAUCCUGUUUUGACGGUCUCCCGCGAGAUGUUUUCAAAACAGUACAUGCCUGUUGCGGAUACCCCUUCUAUUUGGACCAAACAGAUUACGAAAAAUCGGACCAAGGAGCAUAUAUGAAGCUAGCAAGUGUUUUGGAUGAAGCAAACAUUGAUGCAAUUGCAAUUGAGGAUAAACAUCGAAGGAACAGUCCAGAGAUGUUCAAAGCUUUUAAAAAGAUAAAGAUCGUGCUUGGUGUAAUUGACGUUGUCAAAAGUCGAGUAGAGACAGUUGACGAGAUCUGCGACCAUAUAUCAGAUGUUUUGAAGUACAUCCCGAAAGAACGUUUGAUUGUUGCUCCUGAUUGUGGAAUGAUAUUUUUGCCCCUUAACCUGGCUGAACAAAAGCUUACCAAUAUGGUCAAAGCAGCAGAAAGAUUUUAAUCUUCAGAAUUAGUGUUUAUAGCAAAACCUUUAGCUCAACAAUUAGUAUGUCUAACCACUCAAUCAUAAACUCAAAUUUGGGAAGAGAAAGAAACAAAGAGAUUCUAAACCAUUAGCAUUUUGUCUCAUUACUUCUUGAUGUAGAGUUCAUAAAGAGGAUUGAAUGGUCUGACGUAGGCUUUGUAAUAACAACAUUAUCUUUAUAAUUUGAGGCUGAAGGUUUCAA